CUGCGGAUAAAGACAAUGACUGGCUUAAACGCCUACAUGACCAAGUGACCCAAUAUAAGCAGGAAAUACUUGCCUUUAAGCGAUCGAAGUUUAUGCGAGUCUCUCAAGAUUAUAAAGAUAAUAGCGUCUACAGAUGGCGUCAUGGGGGCAGGUUUAACACGCAGAGGCGGAGACCACCGCUACGUAAAGCACGCAGGCCACCUGGGUAUGUUUCAAGCAGCGGGGAAUCGGAGGAGGACGCUGAAGCGUCUACCCGUGCGGAAGCGAAUCUUUUUUUAGGCACGGAGGCAACGCCAACGACCGCACCAGAAGCAAGCACCGCCGCAGUGGACGCAAACACAACAGGAGGAAGAAUCCGGGGGCGACCCCCUCGUUAUGGCGGACGGGGAACCAGGAGCAAGCAGUAAUCAAUCUGUCUAGCUAUCAGCUGACAGAUAUAGAGGCAAGUGUACUCCAAAGGGGCUUAUCUUUUGUUCCGACUGCUCGCACACAUGCUUUCUCAAUGUCUGUUGAUAAUUACAAGUUCACUCGCUCUCUACGCUUGAGAGAACAUUUUGGCCCUAAACAAAAAUUACAAGCUUCGGAACCCAAUGACGAAUUGUUAAAUUAUAAACUGCGUAGCAAUUUUGACCCCACUACAAACAAUACUUCCCUUAAGACUUUUUCCAGGAUGCUUAAUGGAGCCACAAGUGAUAUUAUGGGUCAAAUACACACAAGAGGAAAUUUAAAUAAAGAUGAAAGGGCGGCUCUUGAACGGUUGAAGAACAAUUCAUCUAUUAUUAUUAAGCCAGCCGAUAAAGGGGGAGCCGUAGUAAUAUUAGACUAUGUGUACUAUCAAACUGAGAUCUAUUGCCAACUAUCCAACAGCAUGUGUUAUCAGAAAUUGACUUUUGAUCCUACUUUAAAAUUUCAGGACGAACUACGCAUAAUAUUGAAUGAAGCAGUGUUACAUGGAUGGAUAACGCAGGAUCUGAUGAACUUUCUAUAUGUCAAGGACCCGAAUUGGCCGAUUGUUGAAACAGACCCAGAACUGAGCAAACUGGUAAGUGACGGCUUUACCUUUGGUUACAAGCGUAACAGAAAUUUGAAAGAAUUAUUCACACAAGCAGAUCCUGUCACUAAAUAUACCAGUGCUUCUAGAACUAUGAUGAUCAAAACUGGAGUUUUCAGAUGUGGUAACUGUACAAUGUGCAGUACACUUAUAACGGGCAGUCAAUUCUUUCAUCCUUACACGGGCAAAGCGUACAAAGUCAAGCAUCGAUUAACAUGUACAUCUAAAAAUGUAGUAUAUAUCAUCAAAUGCCCAUGUGGCUUACUGUACUGCGGAAAAACUUGUAGACCAUUAAAGGAACGCAUCAGCAUGCAUCGAUCAUCAAUUAGGGCAGCUCUGGAACCAAAGCCCAAACAGGAUAACACAAAACAAGAUAUUUCGAAGCAACCAGUGGCACAACACUGGCUGCAGGCUAAACAUCCGAUUGCAUCCUUUAAGUGUAUGCCCAUUGACUUCAUUCCAACACCGCCAAGAGGUGGGGAUGUGGAUCGUCUCCUGCUACAGAGGGAGGCCUUUUGGACUCAAGAAUUGGACAGUGUGACUCCUAAAGGGUUAAAUACUCACCUGCAAUAUAGUAGCUUUUUACCAUUAAGAUGAGCUAAUAGUAUUCAUAAGUGAAGUUUUACAGGCAACUUAAUUGUUAACUAAUGUCUUAA